CGUUGUCCUGUUACGUUCAGUGUUAUUGUUACUGGGACUCAGCGUUUCGUUACCAGGAAGAAACCAUUAUCUGAGGCAUCCUACUUAACGUGAACUGCAACGGUUGGAAAUUAAUAGAAAAUGACUGAACCGAAAAGUUUUUAUGCAUUUGCAGAUAUGCAGCUAUGCAUAUCUAACCAAUAGCUAUUGGGUCAAAAUAGGGCUAUACAUUGCCGGAUUCAUCGAAACAAGUGACAGCAAAUAACAGCAAAAUCUCUAACCAACCUGCAUAGCAAUGGCAAAUACAGUGCUAGGAGGAGUUGGUACUGGUGUUUUCCUUAUAGUCCUCAUCUGGAUCUUGGCUUUAAUAUUCGGGAUCAUCCUUUUGAGGGGCUCUGGGCCAAUCAGACUAGGAGUGGUUCCGGUGUUUCUCGUGGCUCUCAUCAUCACACUGGUACUGGUGUUUUUCCCCCGGACAUCGGAGAACAUCCCUCCAUUCCAAGAGGCGGAGAUCGUGGAUCAGCUGUUUAUCGGUCGCUACGUGCUGCUCUCCGUGGCCAGCGUGGCCUUCCUGGCAGCCCUCUUCAUGCUGCUGCCCUAUCACCUCCUGGAGCCUGUUUACGCCAAGCCCCUCCGGACCCGCUAGAUCUGGCUCCGCCCUCUCCACACUAGGGGGAUGGCCAAAGAGGAAGAGGAAGUGGACCCUGGUUGGGUCCUGCAAGAUCCUUCAAGACCCUUUCACCUGGGAGUGGACAAAAACAGACUCGGAUGAAAAAAAAAAAUUCCCCAUGCCUGACUUGUGUGGUUUGGUAGGUUAGGUCGAGUGUACACUCCAAAGAGUGGAGGAUUUUAAUGAUAGCAUGUGUUUAUAUAUAUUUUGUGUUGAUUGAUAUACUGUAUUUUAUUUAUAUUGAAGAGUUUUUGGAGUUUGUGGUAUUCCUGCUUCACACAAAUAUCAACUCUUUCGAGAGAUGGGAAACAGGAACUCACAAAGGCCAAACUGGGAAGCCCAUUAUAGGAUGCUAACAGAGUUAACAAUUUUCUACCUGUCAGUUUUUCCCACUUACGCUGAUGAUAAGUGUGAAUGGUGAGGAACCUACAGAGCGAUCGCUCUAUACUGACUGCGCCUAACAUUCGGUCCACUCUGGCAGCUACAGUGACAGAUGGAAAUUGUGCUGUCCAUAAGUGUCUGUGACCAAAUGGGCCCAACAGGGGACUCCGUUUUAUCUGGGUCAAAAAUAAAGCAAACAACAGUUAUCACAA